UUUUGUUUAUAACGCCUCUCCAGUCUUGAUUAUUUACCCCCACCUCUGUCUCUCUCUUCCUCUCUCUGGCGCCCCCAAAUCUCUCCAAACUCAACUGCUCUCUCCGGACGCGGGGAAAGAUCGAGUUUUUUAGCUGAAACAUCUUGGAGGACUGGCCGGCAUUUGUAAGAUUGUGUUCAAGAACCGGGAGAUGAGCUGCUUACCGUGCUCAGGUUCGUCGGGGAAGGAGGCGAAGAGCAUGGCGGCGCUCUCGCCGUCCCCCCGGCCUGCGGCGAAGGCGGCACCAGUUCGAUCAAAUUCACGUGCUUCAGGCUCCAGGAAGGAAGAUUCUGUACCUGUCCGCAGAGGAGGAAACAAUGCACAUGGCCCAGCACAGAUUUUCACUUUCCGAGAGUUAGCUAUUGCUACCAAUAAUUUCAGAAAAGAUUGCAUGUUGGGAGAAGGUGGCUUUGGUCGUGUGUAUAAAGGACACAUGGAGAAUGGACAGGUCAUUGCUGUGAAGCAACUUGAUAGAAACGGUUUUCAAGGAAAUCGUGAAUUUCUUGUGGAGGUUCUCAUGCUAAGUCUCUUGCACCAUCCUAAUCUGGUCAGAUUAAUUGGCUAUUGUGCAGAUGGUGACCAGCGCCUCCUAGUAUAUGAAUAUAUGUUGUUGGGGUCGCUAGAAAAUCAUUUGCAUGAUUGCCCACCAGACAAAGAACCUCUUGACUGGAAUACAAGAAUGAAGAUUGCAGUCGGUGCAGCGAAGGGUCUGGAGUAUCUUCAUGAUAAGGCAAAUCCACCUGUCAUAUACAGAGAUUUCAAACCAUCAAAUAUUCUUCUGGGUGAAGACUACUACCCUAAGCUGUCUGACUUUGGGCUUGCGAAACUUGGUCCAGUUGGUGACAAGACUCACGUAUCAACAAGAGUUAUGGGAACUUAUGGAUAUUGCGCUCCUGAAUAUGCCAUGACAGGACAGUUGACAAUAAAAUCUGAUGUUUAUAGCUUCGGUGUUGUCUUCCUUGAACUUAUUACAGGCCGCAAGGCAAUUGAUCACACCCAGCCUUCCAAGGAGCAAAAUCUUGUCGCAUGGGCUCGCCCACUUUUUAGAGACAGAAGGAAGUUUUGCCAGCUGGCUGAUCCAUUGUUGCAAGGCCGCUAUCCCAAAAGGGGUUUGUACCAGGCUUUAGCUGUUGCGGCUAUGUGUUUGCAGGAGCAAGCAACAUCUCGGCCCCUCAUAGGGGAUGUUGUCACUGCACUAUCUUAUCUAGCUUCACAUCCUUAUGAUCCAAAUGCACCUUCCACAAAAGAUUCUAGGACCUGCCCAUCUACCCCAAGGGCAAAAACACACCGACGAACAACAAGUGUUCCUGAUGCUCAACAUGCUGUUGAUUCACUUAUUUUGAACUUCCCAGACUUGAGGAAGGAGACUAUUGGAGGACGGGAAUUUGAUCGGGAUCGUACUGAAGGUUAUGGCAGUGGUAGUAGCUCUGGAAGGAAUGAUGGCCUGGAUGUUCCGGAACUGCUGGCCCUUCAUAAUGGAAAAGAUAACAGCAAAACUGUUAGCAUUCACAAGUCCACUGUUAAGGUUGAUGCCAGUGAGAAAUAGAAAGCAGAGGCAGGCAAAUGCUGCAGGAAGCUUUGAUAGUACAUAUGAUCAGUGCAUUAUACCAAUCUUUUCAUGUUUGCUAUCAAUUCUACCAGGGACUUUCAUCGUUGCUAUUCGCUAUUGGCGUGAUUCUGUUUUGACGGAACUAUUGUCGAGAGUUGAGUAGGCUUGUUUUUGCAGACCCGGAUAGCCACAUGCUCCAUGGUUCGUUUUUAGUUGUUUCCAUGGAACAGUUUCACAAAAUUCUUCCAGGUAUACAAGAAGACUACGAUGUGAUGAAAGGAAGAACCGAUCUGUCGCAUUCCCAUUAUGUGUUUCAAACUUCAGACUGUGUUUUGUUCAGUAUCAGCUGCAUUUCGACUGUAAUUAGGCCCUGCAGUAUACUUCACUCAGUAAUCAGGAUGAGUUUUCAUGUUUUAUUUUUUCUUUCUUAGAGAACACGUUUGAUGUGAGAAUGUGUUGCAGAGUUGCGGGCUGGCUUGUAUGUUUGUACAUGUAAAGGAGUUGUUUUCGUAUGUAGAUUUGUUAUCAGAGUUUUUUUGUUUGUCCAUACGAUGCAAUGAAGUCAUUACAGACAAUAUGCCACACAAUUCUGUACAGAAAAUGUUAUUUCGUUCUGCUUGCUUGCUA